UUUGAUUAGAAGUGUACAUAAAGCCAAACCCACCUCACUGAUAAGUUACACAUACUGCAGACGGCGACUAGGUGUGGAUGAACCUACUUUUUUUUUUAUCCACUCUGUCCAAAUUUAAAAUUCGAUCCAUGGGGCAAAUGGUAUCUCUAGAUAAUACUUAAUCGUGAUUCGCCCGUGAACGAGGUUGGAUAAUCAAACAAGUUGGUUGAAAUGAGUCAUACUUGGAUAUUACAUCAACUUUAUUAAAAAUUACCAAAAAAAAACAUGGGCUACUUCGAUUACGUUCUGCCGGCCAUUUUCGUCUCGCUUGGAAUCGCCCUGUUCCUCUUCAUUUUAUUCGGUGGCAUCAGAUGUUGCAAACGAAAACGCAACCGAGACCCGGACUCAGAGGAAACGUCCUCAAUCAGCCAUCAGCAGCAGAACGAUCAAGAAGUUGAGCUGACACAAAUCAUCAUUCCGCUGCGGGCCAACAGACCAAACCGGCCGGAACUGCCCACCGUCCUGGAAGAGGAACGUCCCGAGUCGGUGCUGCAGAUUAGGGAGCCGGUUUCGCCGGGGACGCCACCACCCCGAUUUACAAGCGUUGUAGCCGAUCCACCCAGCUACGAGCAGGUCGUGACUGGUGCGCAGAAUAAUGCUAGUGUUGAAAGUAGCGCGAAUGGACGGUAGCUGGAUUGUGUGAAUGUAAAUUGUUGAGUUUGUUAAUUCCAUAUUGUUAAGAAGAGGCAUUUUAACAACAUAUUUACUAAUGUGUAGUGACUUAAUCAAGGUGCUUGAUGAAAAAUGACUUAAGCUUCGAAAUAUGAGCAUUUAUAACAAAGACUAAAUAUUUUACUAAUAAAUAAACAAACAGUCAGAUAAAUAACUUAUGAUGAAGAUACUUCCAUCAUAUUUUUGCUCUAUAUCCUUACGAUCAUUGCAGGUUAAAAAAACUAAAUUUGGAGCUGGCCAAAAUCUGCAGGAAUAAACUGUUUUUGUCCACGAAUUUAUGCGUAGUAUUAAGUGGAAAAAUGUAUUAAAGGAAAAUUUAAUUUUUGCAUUAAUUUUUGCAUGAAAGAAAAAACAUUGUCACCCGCGACGGACACGAACGACGAAACAAAGAGAAACAAAAAAAAUCUUUUUUUUUCUGUAAAAUCGCGAUUGUGACAAGCAAACCACUUAUGUUUAUACAGUCCAGACUCAAUUAUCUGAAGGUUUCUAUGGGCCAACAAAUAAUCAAUUAAUAUCAAAUUUGGAGCCUAAAUAAAUAAAGACAGUUAUAAAAAACAUCA